GCCAGGCUGUCCUCAGAGUGCUAGCAGUGGUGUUGAAAUUACAGGGAAAAUGCUUAUUCAUAAGGCGGCGGGUUGCGGGAUCCCCUGGAAAAAUCUGGCUGAAAAUUACCUUCAUUUUGGUAUUUAAAAAAAACGAAAUCAGACCGCGUAAACGCAAGUUAGAGUCGCCGGCCUGUGCUUGCCCAUCCUCCCAUAAGAAAAGCAUUGCAAGGUCGUUUUGCUCGAUUUUAAAAGCAAUAGAACUUCUUCCAUAUGGAAAUGCAACCCAUGGUCCUAUGGUAAUCCGGACGCGUCUCCGAAAAAAAAAAAUACUUUUUUUACCCUUCGGAGUGCUGGCAAACCAUGUUGCGCGGGUCUUAAAAACCGAGUCACCCCGGGAAGAUGUAGUGCAUCAGUGGAGCUAACUUCCAUGGGAUAUCUCGGUUUGAUCACGUUGCAGUAGAUUUCACUUGGCGCAAUACACAUACGAAAAUUCCCACUCCUGCACAUUCUGAACUACGAACCAAUUCUGUACAGUGUCCUCUCUAGAGAAGGGGGAGAAGAUAAUAUGCACAACUCAUACCAACUGCUGGACGUUCAAAAGUUUGUCGGAUAGAAACAAAAAUUAAUCUUAUUGGAAAUCAAUGUUUGGGUAAACUGAAUUAACGAGAAGGUGGCAAAUCGUUGAAGUUUACACAGAAAUAUUUCAUCUAUAAUUCUCAACAGUUGGUCAACCUGCACAAAAACCGUACAAAUUUGAGUUGCAACAAGUUCAUUUCAAGGGUUCAUUCAAGGUUCAUUUCAACGUUCAUUUGUUGCUCGUUCUCUGUUUCUCUCUUUCUCAGUUUCUCUGUUGAUUCUGUUAGUCAACGUCGUCAACGAUCGUCUUUGUUGGAAAGUGGUUGUUUCUCUCUCCUCUGCUGUGUUCCCGUCAUCUCAUCUCCAUUUUCUUCAAAAAUCUUUGGCUCCAACUUUAAUUUACUUAAGUUUUUCUGCAGACAAAAAAAAAACGACCGCUAAAUUAGAGAUGCCAUGUCUGACGUUAACAACGUAUUGUGGCCUCGAUUUAUUGAACCAGAUGGAAAGGAAAGAGUGGCCAACAUCAGAAAUGCACCAGCAAAAGAGGCUCCAAUUUCGAUCGGGAUCAUCCAAACAGUGAUGCAAGAUGUGGCAACAAUGGCUUAUUUCUUGCUUUCGAAUAAUGUUCUCAUCCUCGUUGACGACCCUGAAACGCAAGUGAUCGGGGCAGUGAUGAUUACUCGAGGAUUGACUGAUGAUCAAAUCGACCUUGCCAAGAAACGACCCCAAGAAACUACCAGGGUGCAUUAUUUUUGCUGUUGCCCUGAUGAAUGGGUACCGCCCUGCGGCAGGAGUUGCUCACAAGAAAAAGGAUUGGGUUGAGUACGUGGAGGACAACUUUAUUCCUACCCACGCAGACAUUGUUGCAGCAGCUGUAGGCGGCGACGAACAACAUGAGGUGGCUGGUGACGAACCUAAUGAGGUCGCUGAAGAGAUAAGUGACGAAUCCAAUGAGAUUGUCGGAGUGGCUGGGACGAACCAGUGGUCAUUCAAGAGCCUGCUGUCUACCAGAACAACCAGGUUUUCCUCUCGCCCGAAGGAGUCAAUAAAAGCAACACUGCAGGCCAUAAACUCUGUCUGGAACCCUGCUUGUGAGGUCAUCAAUGGCGCCUCGGCUGUCUUAGUGGUUGCUGCCAUGCCUCCUAUAGAUGCAGAGCCAAGUGAAGUUGCUGAGCCCGAGGUCAAUGUCGGAGUUGCUGUCUCUCUGGAUAUCAGUGACGAAACUGCUGAGCAAGUCUCCAAGACGGUUUCGGAGUUCAAGCUAAUAAUGAAGAUGAUGAGACUGACACCAACGAUGCCAUGGCUGAAGAAUUUGGUCUCGGGUGAAAAGACAAAACGACCUCUCCUUGAUGGUGAUGAGUGAUCGCUCCAUAAUAAACCUUUAUAUUUCAACAACUGCAAUUCAAUUUGAAACUAUAGUAGUAUGCAGCAGUUAGAUAAUAAUGAGUCUUGAGUUGAUUUGCAAAUAUGUUGUCAUUUAAAUGUAAACCUUAUUGAUUUAGAUUUAUAUCUAAUUACAGCAUAUCUUUAACAAGUUAAAAAAAAUAUUUUAUGCUAGAAUUAAAAUAAUCUUAUGCAUGUAUUUCUGUUUUUUAAAUGCUUUGGUGCUGGACUCCUAAAAAAAUGAGAAAUUUCAAUACUAGAGAGCACAGCGGCUGCAUUAUAACUGUUUUAUAAGAAUCGUCUGCCAGCUCUUCAGCCAUCCUUAAGAUAAAGAAGAUCAAAGUAUUUUGCUAAAGAUGACUGAUAGCAAUUAGCUGCUCUCAACAUGAAUAGGACACUAUGAUUGUACUAGACUGAAAGCACCUAUGCUGAAUUUAAUAAAUUUACAAGUAUGACUUAUGAAUAAA